AUGUGUGAGGGUCCGUCCCGCAUCUCGGGGCCCAUCCCCCCAGACCCUACACUCUGUCCUGACUACUACCGGAGGCCGUCUUCGGCCCAAGGGCGCCUUGAGGGAAACGCGCCGAAGCUGGACCUGCUGACGCCGGACACGGACCCGGACCUAGACGCCACUCCUCCCCGCGGCCCCCGCAUCCGUCCGGGAGGCCUAGAAAUCCUGGAGCGUGGCCGUCGCGGCGUGGGUGGCGUGCUGCUGCAGCUCGGGGGUAUCUCCCUAGGCCCAGGGGCCUCUCCCAAGAGGAAGGACCCUAAAGACCAUGAGAAGGAGAACAUGAGGCGGAUCAGGGAGAUCCAGAGGCGCUUCCGUGAGCAGGAGCACAGCCGGGAGCAGGGCCAGUCCAGGCCACUGAAGGCCCUGUGGCGCUCACCCAAGUAUGACAAAGUGGAGUCGCGUGUCAAGGCUCAGCUGCAGGAGCCCGGCCCUGUCUCUGGAACUGAGCCAGCCCACUUCCUGCGGGCCCAUUCCCGUUGCGGCCCUGGGCUUCCACCACCCCGUGUCCCCAGUCCCCAGCUAACCCCACCAGGUCCCAAUGCUAAGGCCCCAGGCCUGGGUGUGGACUUCAUUACCCACAAUGCCCGCACUGCCAAGAGGGCCCCCCGGCGGCAUUCUCGCUCGCUGCAAGUCCUGGCACAGGUGCUGGAGCAGCAACAGCAAGCCCAGGAGCACUACAAUGCCACGCAGAAGGGUCAUGUGCCCCAUUACUUGUUGGAGCGCAGGGACCUGUGGCGGCAGGAGGCUGAGGCCCGUCAGCACAGCCAACCGGACCCAGCCAUGCCUCCUGGCCACACUCGCAUGCCUGAGAACCAGCGGCUGGAGACACUGAGCAGUCUGCUCCAGAGCCAGAGCCAGCUGCUGCGUGAGCUGGUGCUGCUGCCUGCCGGGGCGGAUUCACUGAGGGCCCAGAGCCACCGUGCUGAGCUGGACCGGAAGCUGGUGCAGGUAGAGGAGGCCAUCAAGAUCUUUUCCCGCCCCAAAGUCUUUGUGAAGAUGGAUUCCUGA